AUGGUACCUAAUGGUGGUUGUGCAAGCAAUGCUAAGUACUUCACAUUGCAGCUCAUAGCAGGGCGAUUUUUCGUCGUAUUCUCCACCAUUUUAAUCCUUGGAUUCAUUGGUACUGCUUAUAUCUUUGGUCUAUACUCAGGUGAUAUAAAAUCAACACUUGGGUAUGACCAAACAACACUUAACCUUCUUAGUUUCUUCAAAGACCUUGGUACUUAUGUAAGUGUCCAUGCUGGGCUCCUCAUGGAAGUGGCCCCACCAUGGGUGAUUCUUUCCCUUGGUGGUGUAGUUAACUUCUUUGGAUACUUCAUGAUCUGGCUUUCAGUCACACAUAAGCUAUCUCGCCCUCCGGUUUGGCUGAUGUGCUUGUACAUCACAAUUGGUGCAAACUCUUUAGGGUUCGCCAACACCGGAGGGUUAGUGCCUUGUGUGCAGAACUUCCCUGAGAAUCGAGGGGUUGUGAUCGGGAUCUUAAAAUCGUAUCUUGGCAUUGGAGGGGCUAUUAUGACACAAUUCUAUCAUGUCCUGUAUGGGGAUGACUCUGAUGCUGUUGGUGUCAUUUUGAUCAUCGCUUGGCUACCAGCAAUCGUUUCAUUGCUCUUUGCUUAUAGUGUUCGAGUCCUCGAUACAUCUAAAAGACAAAUCAAACGAGAUAAGAAAUUCUUCAAUGAUGUUCUUUGUAUGUCAUUAGGACUUGCAGGGUUCAUUAUGGUGAUGAUUAUAGUGCAAAAACAGGUUAAGUUUGGUAAAUCUGGUUAUAUUGGGAGUUUUGUUGUUAUUGUGAUUCUCCUAGUAUUACCAAUCUGUUUAGUCUUUAGAGAAGAAUUAGCUAUUUGGAAAUCCAAACUUCAAAUCAUUAAUGAGCUAAGUAUCGUUACAAAAAACGACGAGUCUCCUCCAGUAGAUAAUCAGCCUGCUCUUGAAAUCAGUCGCGAAAAACAUCAAGUGUCAUCGUGUUUUCAAGAUGUGUUCCGGCCCCCAUCUAUGGGGGAAGAUCACUCAAUCCUACAAGCCACUUUUAGUAUUGACAUGCAAAUUUUGUUCCUUGCAACAAUUUGUGGCAUAGGAGGGAAUUUAACUACCAUAGACAAUCUAGGCCAAAUCGGAACAUCAUUAGGGUACCAUAAGAAAAACAUAAGUUCUUUUGUGUCCUUAGUUUCGAUAUGGCAAUUUCUAGGCCGGGUCAUGGGAGGACUUAUCUCAGAGCGUUUAUUAGACAAGUAUAAAUUCCCUAGACCGGCUUGUCUCACCAUCGUUCUCUUUGUAUCGUGUAUUGCUCACCUUCUUAUAGCCUUCAACGUGCCUUAUGGACUUUACGUAGCCUCAGUGAUCAUGGGUUUUUGCUUUGGUGCGGAGUGGACAUACCUAUUCACUAUAAUAUCGGAGCUUUUUGGGCUUAAACACUAUGGUACAUUGUAUAAUUAUGGCUCGUUGGCUGCACCACUCGGGUCUUACAUAUUCAAUGUGAGAGUCGCGGGACAUUUGUAUGACAAAGAAGGUAUUAGACAACUUGAGGCUUUAGGGCUUACGAGGAAGCAUGGAGAAGAGUUGCGUUGCUAUGGAGUUAAAUGCUAUCAGUUGGCAUACUUUAUAAUCACAGCAGCUACAUUCUUUACUGCACUUGUGUCUUUGAUCCUUGUGGCUAGAACAAGAAAAUUUUACAAAGGGGAUAUAUAUAAGAGAUUCCAACAAGGUCAAAAGAAUUCAUCCUUAACUACUAAUGAGACAUUGAGAGGAUAUUCUGGCAAGAUGGAAGAAGAGAUGAAUUAA